AUGUCUAAAAUUGAAACGAAUAAAGUUCCCCCAGACGGGGGCUAUGGAUGGAUUGUAACCAUAGCAUACGCUAUGAACAAUGUCGUCGUACUUCCUUUAAUCGCCGGAUUUGCUCUGGUAUUGAAUGACACCGAUCUGACAGCUACACAGGUCACAUUCAUCAUUGUAUUAAAUCACAGCAUUGGUAUGCUUCUGUCAUUUUUUGGCGGACCCAUGCUAAGUCGCUUUGGGUACAGAAAAGUCGCUGUGUUGGGCGCCAUUUGUAUAUCAGCUGGUCUGAUGAUUAUGUCUGCUGCAAAUGAAUUCUGGCAAUUUAUAUUAUCAUACAGUAUUAUUUGUUCAACGGGCGUAGCUGCAAUCAUGGCAGCGUUCACACUAGCAAUUAAUUCAUUUUUCAAAGAGAAAAGAGGAAGAGCCGUUGGUGUUGGCAUGUCUAUAACAGGAUUAGGGUCUAUAUACAUGCCCUUACUCAUGAGUACAUUAAUGUACGCCUAUGGAUGGAGAUACGCAGUAUUAAUUUUGAGUGCAAUUUGCCUCCAUUCAUUAGUGGCAGCUUGUUUACUUAGACCCGCUAAGUGGUACUUAAAAGAUCCACCCACGUCAGAAGAAGCAGUUCCUCUUAAGGAACCAGAGGUGGAACUUGUCAACGGCAGUGUAACACCUUCAUCUAAAACUGUUGGCAUUGCAUCAUUACCACAACUAGCUGAAGAGCCUGGAGAAAAUGGUGUGCUUCCGUCCAAGAGUCUCUCAAUGCGAUCACUUACGAGUAGUUCUAGUAUCCAAACCAGAAACGCGAUAUCACAUCCUGAUAUUCGAAACAAAUUGCCUGACGCUCCAUUAUCGGAAUCACGAUACAAGUGGUGGGAGUCUCAAGAAAUAAAUCUGAGUAGUUCCAUAAAUAUAUUUAAUGAAACAGAGAACUCGAAAGCAGUUAAUGUCCGCGAAAAAGAAGUUGUAAAAGAGGAGGAACAUAAGGGAUACUUGCAGCAUUUCAUUCAGUUCUUUGAUUUGACGCUUUUGAGCGAUCCGAUAUUUGUUAAUAUUAUAUUUGGUCUAUCAGUAGCUGCUUGUGUGGAGACAAACUUUUCUCUUCUACUGCCAAUUAUCCUCAAAGACAUGAUGAAGUUUGAAACAAGUGACAUAGCCAAGCUGAUGUCCGUGAUAGGGUUCUCAGACACGCUGUUCCGAUUCGUUUCCCCAUUUAUUGGAGAAUGGUGCAACAAGUCACCGCGUGUCAUGUACAUGGUCAGUUUGCUUAUGAUAAUCUUCACUAGAACCAUGAUGCUGUUCACGACAUCUUUCAUGGGCAUGCUGUUUGUGUCGCUAGCUCUGGGUAUCACAAAGGCUUUUAGAACAGUGUAUGUCAACAUUGUGAUACCGAACUACGUACCCAUCCACAGACUAGCAUUCGCUUCCGGAAUCCAAAUGUUCUUCAGUGGAAUCACCAUUUUCACUAUCGGAUCCUUAUUGACUCGAGUUCGCGAGUCAUCAGGAUCCUACAUCAUGCCAAUCAUAGUCCUGAACUUCGUCACACUUCUAACGAUAAUUUCUUGGAGUGCUGAAUUUCUAUACUUCAGAUUUAAAAACAAAUCGAAAUCUGAACCAGAAAAUAUCACAUAA